AUGCACGACGCCACGACACACAACAAGCAUUCUCCCUCUCCCACCGACGACAACAUCCAUACAGACUCGCCUCGUCGGACCAGCGACCCCGCGACCACGUCGAGACGACAGCAUCGUUAUCCCCGCGACAGACAGUUCUUCUCCUUCCGCAUACUCCUCGGCCUCGCACUCGUCGCCCUGGCCUUUGCGCUCCUCCUCGUCCGUCAAACGUGGGCUCUCCAGGCCCGUCACUAUCUGCCUUUUCCCAGGUCCCGCCUCUUCACCGCUUGCACCGCAACCAUGGCGAGCCAGGAGUACGUCAGAGAGCUGCAAGUGGCCCAGUUAGCCGUCCAGCGGGCUGCCAUCCUCACCAAGCGCGUGUUCCACGAAAAGGCCAAGGGCACCGUGUCCAAGGACGACAAGUCGCCCGUCACCAUUGGCGACUUUGGCGCCCAGGCCCUCAUCAUCUCCGCCCUGCGCUACCAGUUCCCCACCGACGAGAUCGUGGCCGAGGAGGAGGCCGACCAGCUGCGCGCCGACGCCAACCUGCGGGACACCAUCUGGAGCUUUGUGCAGAACACCCGGCUUGACGACCCUGCCGCGGAGGACGUGCUGGGCGGCCCCAUUCCCUCCGUGGACACCAUGCUCGACGUGCUCGACCAGGGCAAGAGCAAGGGCGGCUCCGUGGGCCGCAUCUGGACCAUCGACCCCAUUGACGGCACCAAGGGCUUCUUGCGCGGUGGCCAGUACGCCGUCUGCGUCGGCCUGAUUGUCGACGGCGACGUCAAGGUCGGCGUGCUGGGCUGCCCCAACCUGCCAACCGACGACGCCACCAAGCUGACCGUCGACGUCGGCGCCAACCAAUCCGACGAGGGCAGCAACGUCGGCGUGCUCUUCUCAGCCGUCAAGGGCGACGGCGCCUACAGCCGCCCCCUGACGACGGGCAACGUGCUGGCGGGCCGUGCCAUCCACAUGAACGCGCUGUCCACCAAGGAAGACCUGCUGCAAGCGUCGUUUUGCGAGAGCGUCGAGGCCGGCCACUCCAACCAGGACGAGUCGGCGCAGAUCACGCGCAUCCUGGGCAUCACAAAGCCGAGCGUGCGCAUGGACUCGCAGGCCAAGUACGGCUCGAUUGCGCGCGGCGCCGGCGACAUUUACCUGCGCCUGCCCGUGUCCGCGACCUACCAGGAAAAGAUCUGGGACCACGCGGCGGGCGACCUGAUUGUGCGCGAGGCUGGUGGCCAGGUCACGGACACGCUGGGGCGGCGGCUCAACUUUGGCCACGGCCGCACGCUGGCCGAGAAUAAGGGUGUCGUGGCAGCGCCGGCGGCGAUCCACGACAGGGUGCUCAGUGUCGUACAGACGGUCCUCAAGAUUUCGCCGUAG